AUGAAAAUUUUAUUUGCUCUCGGUAGCAGGAUAGUCCUAGCGACAGAUGGUGGCGCGAUAAUUGUCCGUGAUGGAAGCAAAAUCUUAUUUCAGUUUCAAGGAGAUCGCAUAGACAAAAUAAAUGACGCAGUAUGUAUGCACACGCGUGUGCGCGCUAUGUUUUAUUCGCCAGUAGGUAUUGCUCCAAACACAAGUGACGACCAAAAAUUCCAGGACCAAGAAAUCCAGGACCAGGCGGUGAAGAACAAUGAAGUUCCGGAUCAAGAAGUUCAGGACAGGGGCGAUGUGGGGUUCUUGGUCCCAAUACUCAGAGUACACUUGAAUGAGACAUUGGGUCGGCACUUCGCAAAUCUAGCGUUUCGCAAGCUUAUUCGUCUGCGAGAUCAUUUCAAUAUUGUACACAAGAUUGGGGCGGUAAUUGACACUGGAGACUGCGUCGUGUUUCUCCCCGUUUCUGCACUGGUGCCGGUCCACGGGCCGCUUUUAACAAGUCCCUUGUCGACCCAGCUCGCUUUGGAGCUGGUUCAGCGUUCAAUAUCAGUUGUUGAAUUCGGAUACAAAGCCGUCGAGAAAUCGCCUUGCGUUACGCAAGACUUGCUGUGGAUAAGAAGUCCUCAUCCGAAUGUCAUUGGCAUUGAGGAGGUGGAACAACGAAGGACGUUCAACAGGGCGGCUAAUUUACUGGGGCUUCAUCCUGACAUUAACCAGCAUUGCAUGUUUCCAGAACAGCUUAGGGAUCGAGAUAUCAUGAAAUACAUGACGACGACCAUGCCAGGAAUAUUUGACGACGAAAAGUUGGUUGAGGGGAAAGAGGACCCGAAUGAACUGGACUGGUCGGUAGAUGACACAUUCUUGUUCUUGGGUUACCAGCCUGGUGCGGCGUACUGUUCGUUGCGGCGGUCGACUCGGCACUCUUGGCGGGCCAACUCGCUAAAGAGGAGCAUGAUUUUCUCGCACCCGUUACUGUCAACGGCCUUUAAUCCCCAGCAGCGAGUGACUGGUUACGCCUGGCACCCAACAGACGCCCGACUACUAGCGGUAACUGACAGCUUUGGACGUCUUUCCGUCUGGGACGUCCAAAGUAUCCGACUCGUCUGCUACCACAAGGCGACGAGGGAAUUGCAGGCUGCGUGGCCAUCUCCUCCCGUGCCCGAGACAACUCCCUCACGAGGCCACUUGCAGUCGGGAGAAGCUCCUAUUCUCCCUCAACAAUCUCUCACCCAGGAGUCUCUCCCUCUCGAAACAACUAAGGCUGCCCUCGUGGUUUGCAUGUACUACCCUUCUCGCGGACUGGUGGAGUAUCUCGACGUAUGGACCAACACGAUUGUGCACCAAACAACAACCAUACGUGACGGUAUCAUCUCCGAACGAGAUAGCGUUCACGAUCUCGUCUUCAUCAUCAACCUCGAGACUCAGUCGCCGCCACUGACCUACCCUAUUGCCGCGCAGAACGGGGCCUGA